AUGGUUUUCGGUUUCGGUAAAGACGACGACAAAGACAAGAACGACAGAAGAGACAACGAUUCUUACGGAUCUUCUAACAGAAGAGACAACGACAACUCUUAUGGAUCCUCUUCAUUCGGUUCUUCCAAUGAUGACGACAACUCUUAUGGUUCUUCCAACAAGAGAGGUAACGAUUCAUAUGGUUCCUCCAACACUGAUUCAUACGGUUCCUCCAACAGAAGAGACAAUGACUCGUACGGUUCUUCCAACACCGACUCAUAUGGCUCUUCUAACAGAAGCGGCAAUGACUCAUACGGAUCUUCUAACAAUGAUUCUUAUGGAUCUUCUACCAAAAGAGGUAACGACUCAUACGGUUCCUCCAAUACCAGCAGUUACGGUUCCUCCAACACCGACUCAUAUGGUUCUUCCAACAAUGAUUCCUAUGGUUCCUCCAACAGAAGAGGUAAUGACUCCUACGGUUCUUCUAAUGAUGACUCGUAUGGCUCUUCUAAUAGAAGAGGUAAUGAUUCCUACGGCUCUUCAAACGAUGAUUCCUACGGUUCCUCAAACAGAAGAGGUAACAAUGACUCCUAUGGUUCUUCUGAUUAUUAG